CACUUACCAGCUGAGAGUGAGACUGAUCAUUAUAGCUUAGCUACACAAAAUGUGAGAUGUGAAACAACAAACCAAUGACCAACAAAUUAACCCAAAUACUAUUUUUGUAACUGUCAUCCUGUCAUCAAAGCUAUUAUUUUGUGUUAUAAUUAAUUGUUCUUGACAAUUACACAGUCAAAAGCUUGUGGAGGACUGUGAACUGAAGUUUAAAAAGUGGCAUAUCAGCCGACCUGCAUACAAGUAAUCUAUUUUAUGAUUUAUAGACACAAUUCAAGCUGAGUGUUGGAGUGAUGCAUCUGUGCUUUAAGUUCUCUAGAAGUCAGUCAUCUUUAAGAUUGGUUCGAAAUUUGAGCUCAGCCCAGCUCCCACACCUGCCUGUACCAGCUCUUCAAGAUACUUUAAAAAAAUGCUUAAGGACGAUUCAACCGCUGGUCACAGAAGAACAGUUGAAACAAACAGAUUCUAUAUUCAAGAAAUUUGGUGAACCUGGGGGCUUGGGAGCAAAGUUACAAGAUUUACUCCUCAACCGAGCUGAGAAAGAAGAAAACUGGCUGGCAGAGUGGUGGCUGAAUACUGCCUACCUGGAGUUCAGAUCUCCAGUAGUUGUGUACUCCAGUCCAGGCCUCGUUAUGCCGCAGCAGGAGUUUGAGUCUGUGGAGGACCAGCUACACUUCGCUGCUCAGCUCAUCCUUGCGGUCCUAGACUUCAAGUCUCUCAUUGACAGAGAACAACUUAAGCCUGAGAUGAUGGGAAAGGACCCGUUAGAUAUGGCACAAUACAAGAAAGUAUUCGGUACAUGCAGGCUACCCAGGAUACCUAGGGAUGAACUUGUCUACCACCCUACAUCGAAACAUAUAAUCGUCAUGCACAGAAACAAUAUAUUUCAACUGAACGUGUUGGCAGAGGACGGGUCUCUGUACAGCGAGUCCCAGCUGUUCUCUGCUCUUGGCCUUAUCACCGACUUGACGGAACAGGAAGUGACUCCAGUCGGAUUGCUUACUUCCGACUCCAGGGACAACUGGAGUAAGUCCUACCAACUUCUCGCCCAAGAUGCAGCAAAUUUGGAAGUGCUGAAAAGUAUCGAGAGCGCUCUGUUUGUGGUGUGUCUGGACCAACCGUCGGGCACUAUGGGAUUGGACGACAGAACUGUCAGUGGGCGACAGACCAUGCACGGAGACGGUGCCAUGUCCAACGGCGGCAACCGUUGGUUCGACAAGACGAUUCAGUUCCUAGUGAGUGAGGAGGGUAGAGUGGGAUUGACGUAUGAGCACAGUCCGGCAGAAGGACAACCGAUCGCAUCUAUUGUGGACCACAUUAUGGGAUACAUAGAUGGAAACAAGUUCGAACAAGUUGUUGGAGACCCAACUCCUGCAGCGAAUUUGUGCAUCCCUCUCAAGUUCAAAAUCAGCAACGAAGUCCAAGAGGCCAUAAAGUCUGCAGCAGCUAAUCUGGAAAAUUUGGUGAACAAUGUGGAAGCCUGUGGCUUUUCAUUUGACAAGUACGGCAAAGAGUUUAUUAAAAGCCAGAAGUUGAGCCCUGACAGCUACAUUCAAAUGGCAAUGCAGUUUGCCUUUUACAGGUUGCACAAAGUACCUGCAGCUCACUACGAGUCAGCAGCCACCCGCAAGUUUCUACAUGGCCGCACUGAAACUAUCAGGUCGUGUUCGGUGGAAAGUGUCGCCUUCGCCAAGACGAUGCUAGACUCUUCUGCUUCCCCUCAUCAGAAAUUGGCAGCCUUGAAAAAGGCCAUUAACGGUCAUAAAGAUUACACACUGCAGGCCCUGAACGGUCUAGGCGUGGACAGACACCUGCUGGGCCUCAAAUUGACAGCCAUCAGCCACGGCUUGCCGGUUCCUCCACUCUUCUCGGACCCGGGUUACCUCCAGAGUCUCCACAUGCGGCUCUCCACCAGCCAGGUGGCUGUAAAAAGUGACGGGUUCAUGAUCUACGGACCCCUGGUCGAAGAUGGGUAUGGCUGUUGUUAUAAUCCACGUAGUAAUGAUAUUAAGUUUGGUACAACUGCAUUGAACUCCUGCGCAGAAACAAGUGCUGUCAAGUUUGUCGAGAGCUUGGAUCAGUCUCUGACCGAUAUGCAUCAGUUGCUGAUAUCCACCCCUACGGCGCACUUGUAGCUGCCCGACACGUUUACAGGAUGUACUUUGACAAGUUACAGUAUUUUUUAAGAAAUCAGCAACGGUUUCAAUGCUAUUAUACCCGGUUUUAUCCUUUCUUAUAUAGACUGAUUUUCAAUUUGAGCAAUGUUAUUGUUAAAUAAAUUUUACUUUUAUAGACA